UGUGUGUGGGUUGGAGUGCGAGAAAAAUAACAAACCACAAGUUGACCAUAAUGGACGGCUGACUGUAAAUAUGGCGAUGAUCGGCGCUCUCGAGAGCAAAUUCUGAAACACCACAAGCACAGAAGCGUUCAAGUGAUCUAGCACGUAAAACGUUCGUGGUUGUGUGGUCUGCUUCGUCGAGUCAUUUAGUCCCCGCACGUUUGGGGUGCGGCCUAUUUUUCUGCUCUGUUCAGUUGAUGUUUCGCCACCAGACGCCAAGGUUCACAUCCGUUGAGCUAUGGCUUACACGAGUGUUGUACUAUUUUUAGUGCUGCCAGCUCUGGCACUGCUGUAUACGUACGUGAAGCAGCAUUACCGAUUCUGGACGGAACGGAAGAUCCCGCAGCUGGAUGCGUCGUUUCCGCUUGGCAAUAUGAAAAACGUGGGUAGAAAAGUCCACUUCAACGACAUAUUGGGGCAGGCAUACGAGAAGGGUAAAGCGGUGGCGGCUCCAUUCGUAGGGCUGUACUUUAUGCUGAAGCCCGUGCUGAUCGUGACGGAUCUGGACAUGGUGAAGCGCAUACUUGUGAAGGACUUUAACAGCUUCCAUGAUCGCGGCCUAUACGUGAACGAGCGUGACGACCCGCUGUCGGGGCAUCUGUUCGCGUUGGAUGGUGAACGAUGGCGGUUUCUGCGCAAUAAACUCAGCCCAACCUUCACAUCCGGGAAGAUCAAACUGAUGUUUGCUACGAUUCGCGAGAUUGGUGACGAAUUUCUCGCAUCCGUGCACUCGUACGUCGAUCGGGACCAACCGAUCGACAUCAAGCUGCUUUCUCAGUGUUUCACAUGUGAUGUGGUCGGAUCGUGUGCUUUUGGACUUCAGUGCAACUCGCUCAAAAACGAGGGCUCGAGGCUACUCGAGAUCGGUGACAUGGUGUUUAAACCACCAAACUGGCGUAACAUGCUACUUUUUCUGCUGAUAUCGUUCAAAAAAGUAGCAAAAUGGUUACGUCUGCCCGUGAUGCCCUCGGAGGUGUCGUCAUUCUUUAUGCCGCUGGUGCGCGAUACAGUGGCGGAUCGCGAACGCAAUCACAUCGAGCGUCCAGACUUUCUCAAUCUGUUGAUACAGCUCAAGAAUAAGGGAACCGUCGAGGACGAGGUGAGCGAAGGACUCGAGAAGAUAACGCUCGACGAAGUAGCCGCCCAAGCGUUCGUGUUUUUCUUCGCCGGUUUCGAAACGUCCUCGACGACGCUCGCAUUCGCGUUGUUCGAGCUAGCCAACAACCAGGACAUACAGGAGCGGGUUCGCGUCGAAGUACUGGAGAAGCUGAAACUGCACGACGGCCAGAUGACGUACGAUGCGCUCAAGGAGAUGACGUACCUCGAUCAGGUCAUCAACGAGACCCUCCGGAUAUACCCUCCAGUACCUAACCUGAUUCGCGUCAACACUCAAUCGUACACCAUCCCAACGACGGACGUUACGUUGGCCAAGGACACGAUGUUCAUGAUACCGAUCCACGCGAUUCAUCACGAUGCCGACAUCUAUCCCGAGCCGAAACGCUUCGAUCCGGACCGGUUCGUACCGGAAGCGGUUCAAUCUCGACAUACCCACGCGUUCCUGCCUUUCGGCGAUGGACCGCGGAAUUGCAUCGGUAUGCGGUUUGGGCUGCUAGAGGUGAAGUUUGGCAUCGUGCAGAUGGUGAGCCGGCUGCGGUUUACCGUGAAUCCGCGCACGGAAGUACCCCUGAGAAUGUCCAAAACGGCUGCGAUUCUGGAAGCUGAAGGGGGCCUGUGGUUGAACGCGACUAAGCUGUACUAGUGCCGAUGCAUAUGCAAACGAGAGAAAGCUCUCGAAUAGUCAUUGCAUACUCGCGCUUAAGUGGGAUCGCGAUGCAGUAAUAUUCGACAGCAGCACGAUGUUUUCGACGCUUUACUCCAUCCACUAACAAACAGUACCAGACCAUAACGAUUGUUUAUUACACUAAAAAGCUAACUAAAAGUUUAACUCGCGAUAUUACUUUCUGAGGAGAUAUUACUCAAAAAGGGAAGAUGUCAAAUAAAAUAAAAUACUUUACAUGCUGUAAU